AUGCCAGACCCCGACUUCAACACACCACUCGCCCACCUCCUGAUCUGGAUCUGGAAGUACUCCUACUACCUAGUACAAGCCUUCAUAUUUAUCUACGGUUGGUGCAUCGAGCCCAAGCUCCCCUUCCGCCUUGCCGAUCGCUACACUUUCUUCAUGUGCAGCACCUACUUCUUCAACUUCCUCAUGCACUCWGGACUUAAACUCCCGGUUCCGCUUGUUGGAAAUAUCCCCAUCAUCCCGCAGUUCGUGCCCAAUACUUGUGUCUCAGCGGCAGAAUUCUGGGACGAAUCGGUCUGGCCGUGCCAAAGAGAACGAAUGGGAAUGUGGAUCGAGCGGAUCUUGGAUGGGAGGUAUGGGUGGACCAUCCUGCGCGACCCAGAGAUUCUGGAGGUCGGGGCAGUUGUGUCAUUGGUAAUUAUGGGUGCUGUCGGUCUUGUGUGGGGAUCAGGCAUAUGCCCGGAUGCGGAGUGGAGGAAGUGGAAAUGUUUUCCCGACCUUAGCCCUUCGGAAGACGAGAUGGAGGAGAUGGAGGGGAUGAAGGAGAUGGAGGAGAUGAAGGGGUCGAGGCAGGAGGCGGACAGGGUGGAGUAG